AUGCCUGACCAGCGCCCACUGCCUCGCAACCGCCUCAAAACUCGCACCGGCUGCCAGCGCUGUAAACAGAGGAGAAUUAAAUGCGACGAGACAUAUCCCCAUUGUAGCCAAUGUACCCGCAGGGGCUUCGACUGCCCUGGAUAUAAACGCCCGUUAAAAUGGUCCUCCAAGUAUGAAGUCGCGUCCAACAGCCACUCUACAAGGGCCAUCUCGCCCAGUACAACCAGGUUGGUGGAAAAUGCGACCGAUGCUUUUCAGAUUCCAUCACCGUCGUCUCUUCCUCGGGAUUGUACAAUGAUGAAUGCAAAUUGCUGGGACUCAAGCCCAGAUGGAAGCCUCCUCGUCGAAACUCUGACAGCCAUGGAGGGACAGGAUGGGCCCUCCCCAAGGAAUCAAAAUAAUUUCGACCCCAUCAGCAGUCUUCUCGAUAUGCAAAUUCCAGGCCAGUUUAGUGAUGGGCAUGAUAACGAGACGGGGUGGCUAGAAUGGGCAGACUUCUCUCUUCCACUCUCCAUCCCUCAGCCCCUCGAGGACCAGGGGACAGGCAUAUCACGGCAUUAUUUUGUGCAGGUUUGUCGCAUAAACUCAUGCUUUGACUCUGAUAAGAACUGCUUCCGCGUUGAACUGGGGAACCUCAUGGCGUCUUCUCCUCUUAUCUAUCAUUGUGUUCUCUCCAUGUCUGCUGCUCACCUGGCUGUGCUGAAGAGCAGUAUGACAGCUGCUGCCCGCGAUUAUCGAGCAAAGGCGCUGUCGUAUUUACAGUCAGAUAUUGCAUCGCUCAGAGGCCCAAGCCAGCGACGCGGCCCGGUGGUUGAUAAAGCAACGGAGGCUCUACUGGGCAGUGUUCUAAUAGGCAUGACCGAUGGCUGGCACAAUCCAUCCUACCUUGGGACGACCCAUCUUCACGAAGCACGAGUCCUCUUCAAACGGUGGCUUGCUAACCCUCAGAACGACCAAUCUCAUCUAAACACACCCUCUCUCACACCCUCCUCAUCGCGCCUACGAAGCUUCAUGACUGGUAUCAUAGUCUACUGGGAAGCCAUGGCCUCUUUUCUCAUAAACCAACCACUCGACGCCACGGUCUACCUUGAUGCCUUUUGCCACCAGUCUUUAUCCAAAAUUCACCCCAACCCGUGGACUGGAAUAUGUACACCACUGUUUGUGUACCUUGCCAGGGCAGGGACUCUGGCUCGACAGCGAUUGCUGUUCAAGCAGCUAUCAAUCAUGACCUCUCGUGGAGAUGCGGGCAAUCAGCUGAAGGCUGAUCUCCUCCAGUCAGCCAAAGAAACAGAAACGGCUCUUCUUUCGUAUCAAGUUCCUAGCCAGGAUAUGGUCGAGGAUGCAGCUGACCCAUUGACGACCAUGGCUGAUCUACAAAUGCUGGCUAAGAUCUACAGGUUUACGGGAUUGUUGGAGUUGUAUAGAAACUUCCCGGAACUGCUGGACACUCCAGAGAUGCAUCAGGUGUCAUCCUCAGAAAAGAUCAUUGCUCUGGCUGUCUCUACUUUAACCCUCAUAUCUGGAAUUCCACAGAGCUCUGGGGUGAACUGCCUGCUCUCAAUUCCGCUUAUCGUCGCGGGCAGCACGUUACAGCCAAUGUACCAGGCUCCCUCUCAGUCCUCAAGCAAUUCAUCCUGGGACAACCUAUCUGCCGAAAUCCUAUCCAUAUCCAGUCAAGAAAGUGUCCAGCUCCACUGGCGAGACUUUGCUAAGACGCGCCUGGACGCCGUGCGUGUAUACGUCGGACUUGCAUCAGUCUCUCGCGGAAGGGAGAUCUUGGAGAGAGUAUGGGCCAGAAGUGAUAUCCAGUCUGCGGUAGGAGUGUCUAAUUCCACGGACCCUCCGCAGUUUGUCCAGUGGACCGAGGUCAUGGUGGAGGAGAAGCUGGAGACGAUCCUUGGUUAG